GCUUGUGGGCGGCUCUGUGGCAAUCACAACUGGAACCUCACACCAAAAGGCACCAUGAUAGUGAUGACUGACAUCACUGCAGCCCCCAGAUUGGGGUCAACUGCCACCACUCCGGCUGUGGCUCCCAACUUCUCCUGGAUGCCAGAGGAUGGCAGCCCCACAGCUGUGGAGCAGCCAAUAUUCCUCAUGACCACAGCUGCUCAGGCCAUCUCAGGUUUCUUUGUAUGGACAGCUUUGCUCAUCACCUGCCAUCAGAUCUACAUGCAUCUUCGCUGCUAUAGCUGCCCAAAUGAACAGCGCUACAUUGUUCGGAUCCUCUUCAUUGUGCCCAUUUACGCCUUUGACUCAUGGCUCAGUCUCCUGUUCUUCACCAAUGACCAGUACUAUGUUUACUUUGGCACAGUGCGGGACUGCUAUGAAGCCUUUGUAAUAUACAACUUUCUCAGCCUCUGCUAUGAGUACUUGGGAGGGGAGAGCUCCAUCAUGUCUGAGAUCAGAGGGAAACCAAUUGAGUCCAGCUGUGUAUAUGGGACUUGUUGCCUGUGGGGAAAGACCUAUUCGAUUGGAUUCCUGAGGUUCUGCAAACAGGCUACCCUGCAGUUCUGCGUGGUGAAGCCCCUCAUGGCGAUCAGCACAGUCAUCCUUCAGGCCUUCGGCAAGUACCAGGAUGGUGACUUUGAUGUAACCAGUGGCUACCUCUAUGUGACGAUCAUCUACAACAUCUCUGUCAGCCUGGCACUGUAUGCCCUCUUCCUUUUCUACUUCGCCACACGUGAGCUGCUCAGUCCUUAUAGCCCAGUCCUCAAGUUCUUCAUGGUGAAGUCUGUCAUCUUCCUGUCCUUCUGGCAAGGGAUGCUGUUGGCCAUCUUAGAAAAGUGUGGCGCCAUCCCCAAAAUCCACUCUGCCAAUGUGUCUGUGGGUGAAGGCACUGUAGCUGCUGGGUAUCAGGACUUCAUCAUUUGCGUGGAGAUGUUCUUUGCAGCCAUCGCCCUACGCCAUGCCUUCACAUACAAGGUGUAUGUGGACAAGAGACUUGAUGCCCAAGGUCGCUGUGCUCCCAUGAAGAGCAUCUCCAGCAGCCUCAAGGAGACCAUGAAUCCCCAUGACAUUGUCCAAGAUGCGAUCCACAACUUCUCCCCAGCCUACCAGCAGUACACCCAGCAGUCAACGCUGGAGCAUGGUCCACCCUGGCGCAAUGGCAGUCAUGUUAUCUCGCGCUCCCACAGCUGCUCGGGUGCCCGCGACAACGAGAAGACCCUCUUGCUGAGCUCUGAUGAUGAAUUCUAGGAGGGGAAACUGCCAGCACAGGCUGUCAUUUUCCUUUUUUUGUUUUUUUAUUUUUUUUAAUUUAUUGAAGCAGAAACACGCAAGUCAUAUCACUUCCUAGAGAGUGCAGAUUGCAGAAGUGGGCGCUUCCCAUUAGCUUUUGUGGGUACGGACAUGAUGAGCAGUGCAGAGGUGGGGGCAUGGCCGGGACUCCAUUCUCAAGCCCGUUCCUUAUAGCAGCAAUCGACUGGAAUUAAUUGAAGCAAAGCUCCAGGGUUUGGGGCUCUGGCCUCCCACACCUGCCCAGCUUGGUGUGGAGCCUGACUGGCCAGAGUGUGGAGUUGUGGCCAAAAAUGUUUUUGGUUUUUUUCCAACUGGACAACCCAACUGCUUUGUAUUCCUCUUCCCGAAUGGUUGAUGUAGGCACAGUUUUCUGCCCCAGCUCCCUGGUACUAACAUCUCUGUGAUCCUUGGGAAGUGGGAUUAGGAUGCAGCAAUAUGCAUUCCUGAGUACCAGACAAGAGAUUGGUCUCUCUAUAGCCAUUGCCUUCAAUACUUAGUAAGGAACAUCUGCCCCCACCCUCCUAAGCACCUGGUUGCGCAGUCCUGCACUUGAGUGAGCGAGGGGGAAAAGGACAGGACUUUCUUCCCCUUCCUCCGUUCCCUCCGUACCCCCUGCUCCCCAUCAAAGCUGAUGCUUGUUGAUGCUCAACAGGGAUGGAAUUACUGUCUCACAAGGGCGGGGUUUUCUAAUCGCCAGGUGUCCAAGCUUUGCAUCUCCCCUGCGUUCCUAUGGCAAGAAGCCUCCCUGGAGCAUCUGUCUCCUGCUAACAAGACUGAGGACUGACCAUGAUAGGUGGUGGAAGUUUGCAGAGCUCUGGCCCUUUCACCCCUCUUUGGAGAAGGAGGAUAUGUAAACACUAAAACAUUUUUUCUUCUUGUUUCCUGUCCCCCACCGACAUGGCUGCCCCUCUUCAAGGUGUGGAUUGCAUGAGGUAGCUGCCAGAGCAGGUCCUGGUCUCUCACAGGUAGCUCUCCCCAUGCUUGUCAUCACUGACUUCCCCUGAGAGCUGCACAAGUUUUGCCCUUAGGCUGGAGUAUUCAGGAAGGGAUGUUGCACACUCCUUUGCUUUUUAUCUCCAUAGCUGUUCUGGGCCACACUGGAGCAGACUUGAAACCUGACAUGACCUGGCUGGUUAAAAUUGUCCCUCUUAGUUUCCCAGGCAGCAGUUGCUGCUGCUGCACAUUUCACAGGCUCUGCAGCAACUGCAGUGCUAUCAAGGGUGGAGCCAGCAUCCAUGGGAGUGGGAAAAGAAGCUUCCUCUUGCUUUUGUUGGGUUUUGGAUUGGCCUCUAGGUACUUGGUGGAGCCAAAAUAAAAACGAUCCCUCUGUAGAUCUAUCCAGGGACCAGGAAAUGCGUCUUGCUUGCUUAAAAUUGUCUAGGGGAGGAGGGGGUAGCACAUUCAAGUGCCACAGAUCAGAUGCCCCUACCCCCAAACAGGAAGCAAAAUGGAGAGGUUGGAGCAAGCUGCUGUGUUCUUCUUGGCUGUAGUUUCUCUGUUCCUCUCCCACUUGAUGCCUGCCCUGCCAUCAGCAGACCUGUGCGUUUCCAGAUUGCCCCUCGUUGCUCUGCUAGGAGAACUGGGGUCUGGUUUACUGCCUGGAGUUUACCUUUCCUCUUGUAUCCUAAUCUAUGUGCUUGAUCAUUCACUUUCUCAGAAGCGACUGUGAGCGAAGAGCACCUCAUUUCCUCAGCACCCGUGCCAGAAGCGUGCGGUCAGGAGCCGGGGGGAAAAGGGCUUGAAGAGAGGCGGGUUUGCUCCUUGCUGUGAGGAUAACAUAGGGGAAGGCUUAAGGACAGUGUCUCCAUCCGUACUUGUGUGUCUGGGGGAACGGUGAAGCAGGUGGGAGCAACGGUGCUGACUCUUGAGGGAGCUAGAGGCAAGGUCAGUGGAUCCAGCAGCUUCUCUGCUGCUGGAUUUCUCCAUUUGCACACAUCCUGCGAUGCCAUGCAGUUAGUUACUGCUUUUCCUAAAUCUGUCGCUGCUUAAAUGGACAUGCAAAUGCUAUCUGCCAGGCUUUGUGUGGGCUUGGUGUAAAACUCCUUUUCCUCAUGCCGUAAGCCGCCUGGAAAGCAGGGCUGAAGAUUGAAUGGGCUUUCCUUCUAUCUUCCAUGGCUUUGAUUAAUAGUCCUUUAGUGUGAGGUAUUUAUGUUAAACUUCCCUUCUCUCUUAGGAAAGUGGGGCAUGGGACAUGAUCCCUUUCUCCCCUUUCCUUGCAUUUACAGGCCUUCAUGGUGUCCCUGUGUCACUUAAUUGGUGACUGUCCCCAGUCUUUAUUGCGUUGGGUGGCUGAGAUCUGAAAUCUCUGGGACUGCCCCGUUGAGCUUGAAGGUGAUCCAGGCUUGGGGGAACGUUUUUUAAAAAUUGUUUUGAAAUGUAUGCUGCAUAUAUAUGCUGUGCAGAGGAUCUGGAUAUUCUCAAAGCUUCCUGUAUGUAGUGGUUUCAAGUAUAACCCUUUUGCACUAGCUGCCUUUGGAGAAGCCUGGUGAAGAACUAGUGCCCAAACAACAGCCAGCUGCCAUGCAUUAUAAUUUUAUAUACGUAUAUAUUUUUUAACACCACACAAAAUCAUCUCUGAGCUUCCUGCUUUCCCUCACGAGAGGCAAGUGCCAGAGCAAGGACUGGCUCUGAAGCCACUCUGGCUUGGAGAAACAAAUAUCGUACAAGACCCAGAGCUUGAGACCAAGGAGGCCAAGGCAUCCGUGGUCUUGCAGGUCUGCUCACGGUAGCCCAGGGCCCCAACAAAUGUGCUAGUUCCAGGAGUAGGCCCUUGGAGCUGCUCUCCCUCACCUGCUUCCCCUCUCCUUCCUUCCUUCCUUCUUGUUUACCAUGUAACAUACCCAUGGGAUUUGUUUAUUAUUUUUCCAUAUAGAGUAGUUCUUUGUAUAUAAAUGACUGAAAAAAAAAAUGUAUGAUAAAUAAGACAGAGUCACCUAGUUUUGUACCUAUCGUGUUUAACUGAUGUGAGCUCAGCGACAAGCCGCUCUCUAUUUUGGUCUUUGUGACGUUAUACUCUGCAGAAAUGAGCAAAUAUGAUGACAAAUAAAAAUAUAGAGAUAAUAUAGAUUGUA